AUGGUUGUGGUGACUGAGAUAUACCCAAGUCAGACAGUAGGUGGCGCUCGACCCAGAGAAUUAGAAAAAGGAACAGGAGAAUUACUAAACUCAUUUCCAGUAACCUCCCACCUCCCCCUGAGGGCCCUCUCUGGCCCCACCUCUUGUUUCCUGGCCUGGGCCAAGCCCUUUCCAAGGUCCCAGAGGUCCCACUCCAGAGGCCUGGUCUCGGAGCUGGGGAAUUAUUUCUGGGGAAGCCCCCACUCCACAAGCUGCCCAGGCAAGAUGUGGUGGCUGCUUCUCUGGGGAGUCCUCCAGGCUGGCCCCACACAGGGCUCCGUGCUCUUGGCCCAGCAGCUACCCCAGCAGCUGACAUUCCCCGGGUUCCCAGAGCCAUACCUCAAAGGCCAAGAGAGCACCACUGUCAUCGAGGCCCCGGAGGGCUUUGCUGUGAAGCUCGUGCUCCAGGACUUCCACCUGGAGCUGUCCCAGGACUGUGAGCGGGACUCUGUCACAGUCACAGCCAGUGGGACGGACCCAACCCUGUUCUGUGGCCAGCAGGGCUCUGCGCUGGGCGGACCCCGAGGUCAGAGGGAGUUUGUGUCCUCAGGGAACCGUCUGCGGCUGACUUUCCGUGCACCUGCCUCCUCUGAAGACAGGACAACUGGCCUCCACAAGGGCUUCCUGGUCCUCUACCAAGCCGUGAGUAUGAACCAUAGUCAGCCCCUCAGCCAGGUUAGUGGGGGCUCUGAGGCCACACACACACCUGGAGGCAACUCCUCCAACAUCCAGAACCACUGCCAGGAGCCCUAUUAUCAGGCAGUUACAGCAGGGACACUCACCUGCACAGCCCCGGGCCCCGGGGAAGAGGCAGAGGACAGGGAGGAGGUUCCUCACUGUGUGCCGGUCUGUGGACAGCCAGUCACCCCCAUUGCCCAGAACCAGGGGGUCCAGGGUUCUUCCAAAGCUAAGCUGGGCAACUUCCCAUGGCAAGCCUUCACCAGUAUCUAUGGCCGUGGGGGUGGGGCCCUGCUGGGCGACAGAUGGAUCCUCACUGCCGCCCACACCAUCUAUCCCAAGGACAGCGUCUUUCCUGGGAAGAAGAGGAGGGUGGACGUGUUCCUGGGCCACACAAACAUAGAUGAGAUGAUAAAGCUGGGGAACCACCCCGUGCGCCGAGUGGUUGUGCACCCGGACUACCGUCAGAACGAGUCCCACAACUUCAACGGGGACAUCGCCCUCCUGGAACUGCAGCACAGCGUCCGCCUCGGCCCCCACCUCCUCCCGGUCUGUCUGCCCGACAGCGAGACCCUCUACCGCAGCGGCCUCAUGGGAUAUGUCAGUGGGUUUGGCGUGGAGAUGGGCUGGUUAACUACGGAGCUGAAGUACUCGAGACUGCCGGUCGCCCCGAGGGAGGCCUGCGAGGCCUGGCUGCAAGAGAAGCAGAGGACUGACGUGUUUUCGGACAACAUGUUCUGUGCUGGGGAUAAGGCGCGGCGGCAGAGUGUCUGCCAGGGGGACAGCGGUGGCGUCUACGUGGUGUGGGACGAGCGUGCCCAUCACUGGGUGGCCACGGGUAUCGUAUCCUGGGGCAUUGGGUGUGGCAAAGGGUAUGGCUUCUACACCAAAGUGCUCAACUACGUGGACUGGAUCAAGGGAGUGAUGGACGGGAAGGGCUGACCCUGGGCACGCUGAGCCGGGGCACCAGCUCCGUGAGGCCCCAGACGGAAGAGGGUUGAAAGUGAAGACUGAGCCUUGCGGGUGGGGAGGGAGGGAGUCAGGGAAUCUGUAUAUACGAGUCACUGUGUGAGACAGAGCUCCUCCUCUGCUCAAGGCUGACCCCAGCCCCUCCUCCUCGCCCUCUACCUUCCUGUGAGUUCGCACUAUGCCCAGGAAACUCAGUGAGUGUCAUUUUGAACUUUAUCUCCUGCUGACACAGCUUCAUCUGUCUCUCCUGGGAGACAGCCAUCCUCUCACCCCGCUGUUCAAGUGGUGUAAGGGGGCAGUGGUGUUAAUUGCAUUUCAUCCCUGAAACAUUCUAAAGCCCCUUUAGUUGCCAUUCAAAUAUUCAAAUUCUCAGCCACACCACCUACCACAACUCCCAGCUGCAGUUACAGUGACGGCUUGGUUUUUGAUACAUCUCCGACAUGCCAGGCAAUUCAUGUUCGUUGUUUCACUGACUCCUCACACCAAGUUUGCAAAGCCUGUGUUAUAGCCCACAUUUUAAAUGAGGAAACUGAAGUUCAGAGAGAUAAAGCCACUUGCCCAAAUGCCACAGCCGAUCCAGGACUGCAAAGGCCCUUUGCCUCCCAGUGCACCUGGACACCUCUCAGGGUCCUCAGGACCUGCUGUGUCACCCACUCCCCCUUCCCAGCCCCCACAGCCCUACAGCUUCUCGCUCUCUGGGGACUCCUGCUGCCGUCAGGACGGGGACACCUGGCACACACUUUCCUGGGGCCUGUCUCCCACAGACAGCACACCCCCUGGGCCCAGCCCUGGGCUGGGUGUUCCUGCAGACACACCCGGUGCUGCUGGACACCCCAGGCCAUCCUCCACCUGAGAGACCAGCUCUUUAAUUUUUAGUGGAGACAUGAGGCAAUUUAGAGUAAAAGGCACAAAUAAAAUACAAGCGUUCAAAUAGAACUAGAAA